AUGGAGGACGGUGGAACUGUUUCACGCACGAUUGAUGAGAAGCUCAACUUCGACGCCGGUGAGAGAAGCAUGGAUGGCAGCUGGGCUAUGUCUCUUCUCAAACAUGUUUUUCUUCCCAUCAAUCCACGCUUCUCCUCCAUCAUGAAAUAUAUUAGCCCUACAAGUGAUGCACAUGGGAGUGUGAUAUUCAAGCUUCACCAUGCACUUGGAGAUGGCUACUCUCUAAUGGGUGCACUUCUCUCAUGUCUUCAAAGAGCUGAUGACCCUUCUCUUCCUUUGACUUUUCCAACUCUCAAGCCUUCAAAGCAAGAAUCCAAGUCCACCAAGGGAAUUUGUUCAAGCUUUUCUUGGUUGGUGUCUUCGGCAUUUUACACCGUGGCAGAUUUUGGAUGGAGCAUGUUGAAGAGUAGCAUCAUUAAUGAUGAAAAGACACCAAUUAGAUCUGGGAAUGUUGGUGUUGAGUUUCAACCGAUUUCUAUAUCAACCAUGGCUUUCUCUAUCAAUCAAGUCUCGGAUAUCAAGUCUAGGCUUGGAGUGACAAUAAACGAUGUAGUAACUGGAAUAGUGUUCUAUGGGACAAGAUUGUAUAUGGAAAAAAUGAACUCCAAAUCAAAGACAGCAGAAUCCACUGCAUUGGUGUUACUGAAUACAAGAAACAUUGAAGGAUACCAAUCAAUCAAUGAUAUGCUCAACACCAAAGCCAAGGGUCCUUGGGGCAACAAAAUUUCCUUCUUGCAUGUUCCUAUUCCCAAAUUAAAACAAAGUAGAAGCUCAAAUCCUUUAGAGUUUAUUUGGGAAGCACAUAACAUAAUCAAGAGAAAGAAACAAUCUUUAGCUGUUCCUCUUACCGGCACACUAUUGGAAAUGGAGAGUAAAUUCAGAGGCCAAGAGGCAGUAGCUAAACACAUUUAUGGGACAGUAUCAAAUUCAAGUGCGGUUAUUUCAAACUUAGUAGGACCACUACAACAAAUGGCUUUAGCUAAUCAUCCUGUCAAAGGCUUGUAUUUUACUCUCGCCGGUGGACCUGAGAGUCUUGUCAUUUCAAUUAUGAGUUAUAUGGGAGUGCUAAGAGUUACCUUCAAGACCGAAAAAGAUUUUAUAGAUGAACAAAAAUUGAAGUCAUGCAUGCAAAGUGCAUUUCAGAAGAUACUCAAAGCAACAAAGGAAAUUCCUGACAAAACCAGAUAUUGAUGAGUUCCUCAGAAUGAAGGUUAUUAAAAUUUCUUGUAUUUAAGUUAGAAUUAUUGAAAUUAUUUGUUGUGCCGCCUUAAUUAUUUUAUUACUCCGUACAUGAGUUGAAAAUUAGUAAGAAAAAAAAAGCCCACUCUUAAUAUAAUGUUUAUCCUAAGUUGUUUCAGAUUUCAUUAAAUGUAUAUCAUUUGUUUGUUUUUUUAAUA